AUGGGUGAUAAUAAUCUCGAUUACAAAAAAGCAUAUGAAGAACUUUUAGAAAAACAAAAAGAAAAAGAAAUAGAAAAAGCAUACAAAGUGUAUGAAAAGCUUUUAGAAAAACAAAAAGAAAGUCAAAAAAGACAAAAAGAAAUAGAAAAAGAAAACAAAGAACUUUUAGAAAAACAAAAAGAAAGUCAAAAAAAGACAAAAAGCAAUGGAAAAAGAAAACAAAGAACUUAUAGAAAAACAAAAAGAAAGUCAAAAACAAAUUAUAUUGGUUUAAUUCAAGUCAAAUGUAGUGAACUUUCAUUUCAUGAUCCAAAGGUCAUUGGACAAUUAUUCGAUUAUUUGAUGGGUCUUUCUUAUCUUUUUGGUAAAUUACAAGCAUUUGGACUUUUAUUAACACCCAACAAAGUAAUGCCUUUAUUCACGCAUGAUUCAUUAGGAUUGGCUGCCAAUGAUAUUCAAAGCACACUUCCACAUGCAACAUCUGUUUUACCUAUCCAAAUUAGCAAAACUGUAAAAUCAAAACCAAACAUAAAAGAAUUUGAUAGAGUUUUAUAUACUAGUAGUUCAAACCAAUCAAUUCUUUCAAACAUAUCACCAACAUCCAGUAGUUCAAACACCACAUCACUAACAUAUAGCAGCUCAAAUACAUCACCAACAUCCAAUAGCAGUUCAAACACCACAUCACCAAUAUUUAGUAGCUCCCCACUCAGAGAUAUUGAAAAACCAAGAGGAUUCUUUGAAUUAAUCUGCUCUACCAUUUUCAAAAUGAGAGAAUCACAGUUCGAUCCAAGUAAAGAAGGAACAAGAUUAUUCUUACAAGCAAAUUCUUUAUGUUUUAAGGCAAAAUCGGUUGAAAUUUCAACCAGCAAAUAUCUUACCACUUUGAAGGAAAUUGAUAAAAAACUAUUAGAUGAAAUCUAUUUAGUAAAGUAUUUGGGUGGCGGAGGCCAUGGACAUUGCUCUUAUGCAUUAACAGAAAAGGGUCAUAGUUUGGUCAUAAAAUCUUUCAAUAACACAAUUAUAAAAGAGAAAAGAGAAGAAGAAAGAAGAUUAUGGGGUACCAUUUGGGGUAUUGAAACAAUCAUAAAAACAUAUUCAGCUAAAGAUCAUUUGGUUAUGCCAUUCAUAAAACCAAUUGGAAAUGAUGACUAUAAUAGUAUAGAUUUUACCGAGUUAAUAUCUACUGCAGCAGAUACUUUCUCAAGUAAAGGUUAUGAGCAUAUGGAUUUAUAUAUUAGACAUAUUUGUAAAUACAAAAAAAAUGAUAAAUAUAUAAAUAUCUUUAUUGAUUUAUCAAGAGUAUCAGAAGCCACAGAUAAAGAUCAAGCAAAACAAAGAAUGAUUAAAAGUAUUUUAGAUGAUUUAAAAUAUAUCAGAUCCAAUGAUAGUUUAACCAAUAAAGAACAACCAAACUGCCCCAUCCUUCCAAGAUUUUCCAAACCUUUUACCGUUCCUUCAACUCCAAUAGUUUGA